GUUGCAUUGAAAAUUUGCUUUGAAGAUAUACACAUACGAUGUUCCCGCCAUCUUUGUUUAGUUUAGUUAUAUCAUUUGAUCGUACGACGUUCGUAUUGUAUCAGUCGCGUCAAUAACAUUUGCGAUGAAUGAUUUUAAAGUAGAAUUCUCAGUACCAUUUGCAACGGCGAGAGAAGCGGAUGUUGUUUACCAAGUACUCAGAGUGGAUAAGGAACCUCCGAGAUCUGGUGUUAGUAAAAAUAUAGAACAGAAAGAUAAUCUUUUACAAAUAUCGUUUUUCAGUACAGAAAUACGUAAACUUCGUGUUGGUAUUACAUCUUUCUUCGACAGUUUAACCUUAAUUACAGAAACUAUACAACAAUUUGGACCACCAGAACCUGUGUAUGAUUAUUAUUAGUUUUUAAGAUAUUUCUGAUUUAAAUGUAAGAAUUGUUUAUCUGUUUAUGUAUUAAAAAAGAAACAGGAUGGAACAUACACCUGCACCGUAUGCACCUAGAGCAGUUUAUGGGUAUGCUAUGUAUAUAGGAUUUAACUUACUUUUUCUACUUUAUCUUAUAUGGUCUGUGGUCCCUGAUUAUAUUUUAAAAGAUUA